UCUUUUUGACGAAACAAAGAUGGCAGCCUCCACUGAGAAACGUGGACCUGAAGAAAACAUAUUCGAAAUGCCUCCAAAUGUUUGUUUAGAAGCAGAUCAGCAAGUCGAAUUUGAAAACAAAGUAAAGAACAUCAAAGCAAAGGACCACAGUAAGGCCCCCAGAGGAGUUAUCUACCUUGGACACAUUCCUCGUGGGUUUUAUGAGCCACAGAUGAAGAGUUUCUUUCAACAGUUUGGUUCGGUUACACGCCUCAAACUCUCCAGGAGCAAAAAGACAGGACACAGCAAAGGAUACGCCUUUGUGGAGUUUUUAUACGAAGAUGUAGCAAAAAUUGUUGCAGAAACAAUGAAUAACUACCUCAUGUUUGAAAGACUUCUGAAAUGCGAGUUUAUUCCAAGUGAAAGAGUACAUCAAGAUACCUUCAAAGGGGCACGUAAGCGUGUUGUGCCAUUUCAGAGCAGAAGGAAGGAUGCAAAUGUCUACAAUAAAAUCAAAUGUAAAAAAGAUCAGCUGAAGAGUAUGAAGAAAUUCAUGUCCAAAAAUAACAAAAAGGCAGAGAAGCUCAAAGCUCUAGGAAUAGAGUUUAAAUUUGCUGGCAUGGAUCAGCUCAAGGAAGAAUCCGAGGUGCUUGCAGUGCAAGUGAAAAAAAAUCAUGAAAGAAAUCGAGACAGGAAGCUGAUAAGAGAAGAAUUUGAACGAAGAGCAAAAGAAGCAUUGAUGACACAAAUAAAGGAGAAACGAGCCAAGAACAAGGCACGCAUUAUAAAAAACAAGGAAGAACUCAAAGCAUCAAAGCAAUCAGAGUCUAGUUCAAACCAGACUGCUGAACAGGGAAAUAACGUUGAAAUGAUUGAAACACCGGAUAAGUCUGAAGCGUCUGUCAAGUUGAUGCCUAAAAAGGGUGUGAAUUCCAAGACUAAAAAGUCAGGAAAAUCAAAGACAAAAAUGGCUUUAAGAUCAGAACCAGAAAAUGCAGACAAAUCUUUACUUGUUGGAGAUAGUGAAGAUGAGGAGAUCAGUUUUAAGACACCCCCAAAUGCUAUUAGGGUUUCAAAACGAAAGUUAGCACAGUCCAUGCCUCCAAAAUUAACACGGGCUAGAGGAGGCGGUGAGGAAUCAACUCCGGUGACCACAGGAAAAAGACAGAAAAAGACUGUGACAACUGAUUCUAAAUCUCCCGCACGAUCUUCUUCCUCAGUGAAAAAAAAUAAAUCCAAGCGCAAGUCUCUGUAAUGAUCAGGCUGACCAUUAAAUCUUUGUUUAAAGGAAAA